CAAGAAGUUCAGAAAAGAAGAAAAUAAUGGUAUAGUCGGCAAGUAGAUUCACAUGGUGUUACUACAAGCCUAUUUAUCAAUACCUCAAUAUGUAAUGCCUCAAAUCCCACGGCAUUUUGUUUUGAAUAACCUCCUGUUGGUGCUAUAGCAUUCAAGCUCAAAAUGGCGACAGCGAAACAAAUCUUCUGUGGCGUUUUCAGUGUCGGUCUGAUUAUUCACGUAUAUUACUUGUUGACGACUUUACCAAGCGUCUAUAAAAGUGUAAAGAUGACGAACAAUCACAAAGGUGCUCAUGAUCCGCCUCCUUCACGAUUAUUCCACAGCAAAGUACUGUCCACAAAUACCAAAUUACUAACAAGUGAUCAAACUACCACCGACAAGAAGAUUUCACCGAACUCUUCAGCAUCCGAGGGCCAGUGUCAUUACAGGGUCCAAUUGAUUGGAAGCCGCGGGUUUCGAAGAUUAAAUGCUAAAAACAUACGUUGUGCCAAUCACUGUAAUCUUGAGCUCUCAGUCGCUGAUGGAAAGAAACUCCUUGAAGGGAUGGAUGCAGUUGUCUUCAUUUUGAUGACCACCCUAACGCGCUUGGCCGCACCCGCAAACCCCACCCAGGCGUGGAUAUAUCACUCACGGGAAAACCCGCGAAACGCCGGCAGAGGUUUCACCCUUCCAGUCCACGCCACCUGGACGUACCACCCGGGCUCUGAGAUCAGCGCUCGGUAUGGAUUCUACGAACCAGGGGUGCCCAUGACAAAUCAGACAAAAUCACCCGAAGAAUGGGUUGAAGGAAAAAGCAAAUUGGUCGCGUGGAUAUCCAGUAACUGUCACAACACUUUCUGGCCAAGGACUGCCUUUGUGCACGAAUUAACGAAGUUGAUUCCCAUCGAUAUGUACGGCAGAUGCGGGAACUUAAAAUGCGAUAAAACGAGGAAAUGUUCGGUGGACUUGUUGCACCAAUAUAAAUUUUACCUGUCAUUGGAGAAUACGGAAUGUGGUGAUUACAUUACGGAGAAGUUUUGGGGGAAACCGCUCCAGCAAGGGGCUGUCCCGAUCGUCAACGGCGCCCCCAGGAAAGUUUACGAGGAACUUGCACCGCCCAACUCAUUCAUUUACGUCGGUGACUACAAGAACAUGAAAGAGCUAGCGGAUUACCUAAAACUGUUGGACUCCAAACCUGAGCUGUAUGCCAAUUAUUUAGAAUGGCGAUACAAGGGUAGGAGCAUUGCAGUCCCGAACCCAAGGUGGACCCCCUCCGCCUUCUGCAAAGUUAUACCGAUAAUAGAGAAAGUUAAACGGGGAGAGUUGAAGAGAGUACCGGUUAGAAACAGCCAAUUCGCAAAAUCGUGUAGGGCUCCAAACAGGGGUCAACCAGUGUCAACUUUCGGUGUAAAAUGGGUCCCUUGGUGAAACACAACAAAAAGCAUACAGGGUUUUUGAGGUAGGUUUAUUGUUUUUGGUUUUUUUAACGU